AGAGAGAGAGAGAGAGAGAGGGAGCGCGCGAGGCAAAGCAAAGCAAAGCGCGCUCCAACUGUUGAAUUUUCUCUGAAUUCUCCACUUACCUGCGGGCGGCUGGCUGGUGAAAUGGAUCUGGUUUAUCUGGAAUCGGCGUUCGCUCCGCGUGCUGCCUGGCUAAGACUGGCGACCGUCUGUUUGCAAGUGGCCACCAAUCAAUGAGGCAGAGAAGAAUAUUUGUUUUUUCUUCUUUUUCGUUUGAAAGCCUCCCUACCACACGUUGCAGAAUUAACUGUGUACUUUGGGUCCGGACUCAAAUAAAGGAGAAAAAAACGGUGCAGAACUGAGACUCGGAACUAGAUCUGUGAGCAAUGUAUUGGGAACCUAUAUUUUUAUUGGUUUUUUUUCUUUUAAUUUGAAAGAUUUCUGAUUUAUUUCACACAUAACACUGAGGAAAGGUGGUUAAAAACACUCAGCAAAGCAGGAAUCAGACGCGCCUCUAUGCCAGUGAGUGGAUAACAGCCUUGUUUUCCUGAUCCUCAGUCUCCUGGAGAAAGAGAGUGAGUCAGAGAAACGUUAGGAAGAAACUGCAACUAAUGCCUGUGAAGGGAGGAACAUGAGGCGAUAGUGAAUGUGAUUUGUUCCGCUGGAUCUGACUCAUCCAAGCAGAUUGAAACACCUGCAUUUCUGGAUUUGACAUUCAUUUAUUUCAGUCCUCGUUCCCACUCCCUUUGAUUCGGGAAGGAAACAGUGAGGGUGUACGAGACAGAGAGGGGGGAAAUACCGAUGGCAGCGAGAUGCAGCUCUCCGCCGCAAGCAAUGCAAGAUUAGAUCUCUAAAUGCAGCAAAACACUCCCUGAAAACCAACAACCCCGCGGUGCAAUCAGACAUUUCACUACCUCUCACUGCACACGAAGAGGGCUUCAACAACAAGCUGAGACUUUUUUUUUUCCCUUCUGUCUCUCUCCUACCCCUCCACUCCAUCAAUCACAUCACAAGCGAUGAGUAGCAAAUAAGCUUUUUUAUCUCUUCCUACAGACUUGUGACCACCCUCCUUUUCUAUGUAUAUAUAAAUACACAUAUUUAAGAAAAAUAUUUUUGAUUUAAAAAAACCCCAGACAACUACUGCCACCGAUUUUUUUAUUAUUGUUAUUAUUUUUAUUAUCCUUUGUAUAUCUGCGGGGAUUCAAGGAUCAAGAACACAUCACCCGCCCGGAGGAGAAGAUCUUUUGCAAAUUUUCUGAUUUUUGAAACCCUCCCACUGCAGAAGUUGGACAGUCGAAGUAACUGCGAGGGGACUGCAAGCACGGCAAGCGCUUGCUGAAACGCUGCCGAAGCAGUUCCCUCCCUCCCCUCAGCCCACCCCCCCCUCCCCCGAUUGCUCCCUCCCUCUGAGCUACAUGGUCUAUUUGCUGCCUCCCAUCCUGUGUCUCUGCAGACGUUUUAGAGCAACAGGUUCAGGAACUUGAAAUAUAGGGGUGGGGAGAGAGAAGGAAAAAAAAAAGAAAAAGGAAGAAAAAAAAAAAAAAAAAGAGCGGUCGGAGGAGGAAGAACAACCCCAGCUCAGGAGGCAAAGAAGACGGGGACAACCCUGGUCGUCGCUGCAGUCCCUGCCACCCCCACCCCCCGCUCGGGGAUGUACCUUUCCAUUUGUUGCUUCUUCUUCUUCUGGGCUCCCGCCCUGUCGCUGAAGAACCUGAAUUACUCCGUGCCAGAAGAGCAGGGAGCGGGCACGGUCAUCGGGAACAUCGGGCGCGAUGCUCGGCUGGCGGCAGGCACGGGGGGAGGCGGGAUGCUGCCUGCGGAGCGUGGCGCUCCCGGUGGCGGCCGCGGCCCGAAGUCCACCUUCCGGGUCCUGGAGAACUCAGCCCCGCACCUCCUGGACGUGGACGGAGAGAGCGGGCUGCUCUACACCAAACAGCGCAUCGACCGUGAGGCACUGUGCAGGCGCAGCGCCAAGUGCCAGUUGUCCCUCGAGGUGUUUGCCAACGACCAGGAGAUCUGCAUGAUCAAAGUGGAGAUUCAGGACCUGAAUGACAACGCACCAUCCUUCCCCUCUGACCAAGUGGAUAUGGACAUCUCGGAAAACGCUGCACCAGGCACUCGCUUCCCCCUCACCAGUGCCCACGACCCAGAUGCUGGGGACAACGGUCUGCGCACCUACCUGCUCACCCGUGAUGACUAUGGACUCUUCUCCCUCGAUGUGAAGUCCCGUGGUGAUGGCACAAAGUUUCCAGAGCUGGUCAUCCAGAAGCCAUUAGACCGUGAGGAGCAGAGUCACCACACCCUGGUACUGACGGCACUGGACGGCGGCGACCCACCGCGUUCAGGCACGGUGCAGAUCAAUGUGCGCCUCAUUGACUCCAAUGACAACAGCCCCAUCUUUGAGGCAGCCUCCUACGUGGUAGAGCUGCCGGAGAAUGCACCGCUAGGCACUGCUGUCAUUGACCUCAAUGCCACUGAUGCUGAUGAGGGUACCAAUGGAGAGGUGCUCUACUCCUUCAGUGGCUAUGCACCUGAACGCGUCCGUGACCUGUUUAGCAUCGACCCACAGAGCGGCCUCAUCCGUGUCAAAGGCAACCUGGACUAUGAGGAGAGCGGCCUCAUUGAGAUUGAUGUCCAAGCUCGGGACCUGGGGCCCAAUCCCAUCCCCGCUCACUGCAAGGUCACUGUCCGCCUCAUUGACCGCAAUGACAAUGCUCCCACCAUUGGCUUUGUCUCUGUUCGCCAGGGAGCACUGAGUGAGGCUGCCCCACCAGGCACUGUCAUUGCCCUGGUGCGGGUCACUGACCGUGACUCAGGAAAGAAUGGGCAGCUCCAGUGUCGGGUGCUGGGCGGUGGCGGCGGGCCCGGUGCCGUUCCUUUCACCCUGGAGGAGAACUAUGACAACUUCUACACUGUGGUCACUGACCGACCUCUAGACCGUGAGGCACAAGAUGAGUACAAUGUGACCAUCGUGGCACGUGAUGGGGGCAAUCCCCCACUUAACUCCACCAAGUCAUUUUCCGUCCGUAUCCUUGAUGAGAAUGACAACCCACCCCGCUUCAGCAAGAACCUUUAUGUCUUACAGGUGCCUGAGAACAACAUCCCCGGAGAGUACUUGGGCUCAGUCUUGGCCCAGGACCCUGACCUGGGCCAAAAUGGGACGGUGUCUUACUCCAUUUUGCCUGGGCAUGUGGGAGAUGUCUCCAUCUACACCUAUGUCUCUGUCAACCCUACAAAUGGUGCUAUCUAUGCCCUGAGGAGCUUCAACUACGAGCAGACAAAGCACUUUGAGUUCCGUGUGCUGGCCAAAGACUCCGGUUCACCCCACCGUGAAAGCAACGCCACAGUGCGUGUUACCGUGCUCGAUGUCAAUGAUAACGCGCCCCUCAUUGUCCUACCUGCCCUCAUCAAUGACACUGCUGAGCUGCAGGUACCACGCAAUGCUGGGGUGGGCUACCCUGUGGGCACCGUCCGUGCCCUGGACAGUGACUUUGGGGAGAGUGGGCGCCUCACAUAUGAGAUUGUGGAAGGCAAUGAGGAGCACCUCUUUGAGAUGGACCCCACUAGUGGUGAGAUACGCACCUUGCAUCCCUACUGGGAGGAGCUCAGCCCUGUGGCUGAACUGGUGGUAAAAGUCAGUGACCAUGGCAAGCCCAGCCUCUCUGCAGUGGCCAAGCUCAUAGUCAGGGCCUUGGCAGGGCCCCUGCCCGAGGCUGGUGAGCCGCAGGUGAAUGGUGAGCAGCACCGGCGACCGCACUGGGACUUGUCGCUGCCCCUUAUCGUGACGCUGAGCACUGUCUCCAUCAUCUUGCUGGCUGCCAUGAUCACUAUUGCUGUGAAGUGCAAGCGAGAAAACAAGGAGAUCCGCACCUAUAAUUGUCGCAUUGCCGAGUAUAGCCACCCUCAGCUGGGAGGAGGGGGAGGCAGUGGCGGGGGAGGAGGAGGCAGUGGCAGUGGAGGGGGCAAGGGCAAGAAGAAGAAGAUCAGCAAGAAUGACAUUAUGCUGGUGCCCAGUGAGGGCGAGGACAGCCGGGGUCCCCUCAAUGUCAUGAACGUGGUGAGCAGCCCAUCCCUGGCCACCUCACCCAUGUACUUUGACUACCAGACCCGCCUGCCCCUCAGCUCUCCCAGGUCCGAGGUGAUGUACCUGAAGCCUGCCUCCAACAACCUGACUGUACCCCAGGGACAUGUGGGCUGCCACACCAGCUUCACAGGGCAAGGGACUAACGCCAGCGAGGCUCCCCCGAGCCGGAUGUCCAUAAUUCAGACAGACAAUUUUCCCGCAGAGCCCAAUUACAUGGGCAGCAGGCAGCAGUUUGUUCAAAGUAGCUCCACGUUCAAGGAUCCAGAAAGAGCCAGCUUGAGGGACAGCGGGCAUGGGGACAGUGAUCAGGCUGACAGUGACCAAGACACUAACAAAGGCUCCUGCUGUGACAUGUCUGUUAGGGAGGCACUCAAGAUGAAAACUACUUCAACUAAAAGCCAGCCACUUGAACAAGAACAGCAAGGCAGAGGCCAAAGACCCAUUGUUGGGAUCUGUGGAGCAGCCCGCUGUGAGGAUGGAAAAUUUUCAGAGCAAGAAGAAUGUGUUAACUGCACAGAUGAAUGCAGAGUGCUUGGUCAUUCUGAUAGGUGUUGGAUGCCACAGUUUCCUGCAGCCAGUCAGGCUGAGAAUGCAGAUUAUCGCACAAAUCUCUUUGUACCCACAGUUGAAGCUAAUGUUGAGACUGAGACAUACGAAACUGUGAAUCCCACUGGGAAAAAGACUUUUUGUACAUUUGGGAAAGACAAGAGAGAGCACACUAUUCUCAUUGCCAAUGUUAAACCUUAUUUAAAAGCCAAACGUGCCCUGAGUCCUCUGCUUCAGGAGGUUCCCUCAGCAUCGAGCAGCCCAACCAAGACAUGCAUUGAGCCUUGCACCUCAACAAAAGGACCACUGGAUGGUUGUGAAGUGAAAUCAGGAGCCUUGGCUGAACCCAGCAGCCAGUACUUGUCAACUGACAGUCAGUAUCUAUCGCCCAGUAAACAGUCAAAAGACGCUUCCUUCAUUGCAUCAGAUCAGAUGGCUAGGGCCUUUGCAGAUGUGCAUUCCCGAGUGAGCCGAGACUCGAGUGAGAUGGACUCUGUUCUGGAACAGUUAGACCGUUCAGCCCGGGAUCUAGGCAGGGAGUCGGUGGAUGCCGAGGAAGUUGUGAGAGAAAUAGACAAGCUCUUGCAGGACUGUCGGGGCAGUGACCCUGUGGCCAUCAGAAAGUGAGGGGGAAAAUGGACAGGCUGACAGUUUUGUUCCUCUUCUGCUGAUUAAAAGUAAAUAAACAAAUAUAUCCCCUGGUCGUAACAGAAUUAACAGGAAUGAAGGAAGACCAAUGCUGCUUUAAGGCUUUUAGUGAACAUCUGAAGUGCCCACAAGUAUGUUCUUUUCACUGCUCUUUCUUUUUGACAGAUAACACUGGUUUCAUUUUGACCAAACUUUCAUUAGGACAGAGUCAAGUACACCAAGAACAAAAUGAAAGAAGGAAAGACAGUGCCGUUUUGACAAUCUGAUAGGAAGGUGUGAGAAAGUUCAAGUGGAAAUACGUCUGAUACUUUAAGACUGUCCUCAAAUAGCUGAUGCUGACUUUACUGUUUACGUAUAAACCCCAAGAAAAACAGGGUUGAAUAAUACUGAUCUGUGGUGGAUUUCCAGCAGUCACCACAGGCUUCUACUGAAAGUCCUUUAAAGAGUUCUUGUAGUAGUCCAAGUGACACCAAACAUUAACAUUCAUUUGUGGUAAACGUUUAUGUACAAAGUUAUGUGCCACAAAUAUGGGAAAGAAAAAAGAAAAAUAAAACAGAAAGAACCAUUCCAGAACAUUAUUCAAGGAAACAUAUCCUAAUCAUUAAUUAAACACUUCAUAUCAUAUUAAGGUUAAGUGUAAAAUGAUAUAGUCCAUCUUGUCCUGCACACACAUAAGCUAACUCACUUGAUAAAAAAGAAAAAAAUUUAAUAUCUAUUUAGCUUUUUAGUGUCCAACAAAGUUAUAAAUAGUUAGUGGUAAGUUUUAAAAAAAAAGGAAGUAAAAUGAAGUUUGAAAACAAAAAAUAGAGUUACCUUAAGGGUAAUACAGAAAAGAAAUUAACAUUAUUAACACUUUUUUAUUCAUUUGUGGACACUAAAAUAGCUCAGGAGGGUGAAAAUGUCUUAGACAUCCACAAAAAAUCACAUGGUCAUUUAAAUGUGCAAAUGUAAGAAAAUUCAGUGUGUUUACAUCAAAUGACAUAUUUUUAUUGAUUUAUUGCAGAUUCAGUGCAUAUGAGCCAAAUUGUUGAGUGUAUAAGAGCUAUAUUGUGUAUUUUAUUAAAUUAAUAUAUAGUUGUGUUGCAAAAAUAUUUGGGCUUAUAUUGUAAAUGGCAAGUGUUGCCUCGGUAGCUGUCGAACUCUAUGAGUUUUGUUUUUUCCUGCUUCCUUUUCCCCAUGGAAUAUGGGAAGCAGCGCCUCAGAGCAAAGUCUCUUGUUUAAUGUAUGGUCUACGAAGUACUGCAGUACAUAAUCUGUUCAAAAUGUGUUUGAGUGAGCUGAUGGAGCUAACUGAACAGCCUACAAAUACAUCCAUCAGUCAUGGUUAUGUGCAAGUCCUUGUAGAAGCUUCUAUUGCAAACCCAUGUGUAAUAACAAAAAUUACACUUGAAUCAACACCUGGAACCUCCUUGGAUUUUUUUUUUCCAAACACAUGCAGCCAGCCUGUUUAAUGUAGGAUAUUUGAUUGACUUCUUCAGAGGUGACACCAUUUUCAAAGUUUUGGUAUAAAAUUCAUAGAACUGAAAAAUAUAUCAGUGCCAAUAUGGCAUGAGGAGUAUUUCGUCUGAUUCUUCAGAAUGUGCAAUUGCUUACUGCAGUUCUAGAUAAACACUGGUUAUUUUGGGGGAUGGUUUUAGUUUGAUUUUCACUUGAAUAGUAUUUUCAGAUAACUUGGUAUAUAGUUUCUACUUUUUACUAUUGUUUUUCUAGGAGUUUUUUAUUGCAUUUGAAAAAUUCAAAAUUACUUUCAGGUAUAACUUAAAAAACAACACACAAUCAAAAUGAACUUGCACAGAACAAGAAGAAGCAGAAGGAUAAAAUUACUAGCUCAGGAUGUGUCCCUUAUAUACUUCAGAUACUCUGUUGAAAAUAUCACUAUGGUACAUUGUUAAAAAAUUAGGUAUUGAGUUUAUUAAAUUUAAUCUGCACUAUAAAAACACUUAUAAAACAGAUUGUCACUCUGAAAUACCACAAGCCAUAGUUUGCAUCCGUUCAAGAAAAAAAAAUUGACCCAACAGUCUAUUUUGGUUUGGGGAUUGCUUUUAGCUCCUCCUGUUAAAAAAAAUCCACUAUUACAUGUGAGAAAAGGAUCUUGUACAUGUCUUAUCAAGCUACUCUCCAUGUUUUGGACAAUUUAUGUAUCUAAAAUGUGGUGUUGUCUGUGUUAUAUAAUUUUAUUUUUUUUUUUUUUGGCCAGGAGAUCUGAGAUUGGUUUUGCUUGAUAGCCUGAUAGCUUGAAAUUCCAUUGUGGAGAGGAUUUCUUAUUGUUUGAUUGAUCCUUUAUACGUAUUUCCGUGGUGCCCAUCACUUCAGUGUCUGUGCACCAAAUCUUUAGCUCUGCCAGUGAGAUCCAUUAUUCAGCAAAAUUUAAGCCAGUAUGUAAAUGCAGUCAAGUGAUGGAGAUUUGUGUAUUUUAUAAAUGAUUUUAACACUGAGUAACCAAUUGUACAAUUCAUUGUAUGUUUCUGAAGACAUAAAACCACAACAUUCUGAGAAAGGGCUGUGCCAAUGUAAGAGGAAUUUACCUUAAGGCUCUCUGUCACUAGUGAUUUACUAGCUUUAGCUGUUUAACACAUUAUCUGUAUUUAGUAGUGAUUAUUUAUUUACCACUCUGAGGUAAUUCAGAAUUCAUGACUCACAGCUUUAUAGAAGAGUUUAGGAAAUCUUGCUUUUAUUUAAUUUGGCUUAUGACUGCCUUGUGUUGUAGAACUCUGGCAUACUGCUUCCAGUAAGGAUAUCCCAGGUUAAAAAAUCUAUUUCACACUUUAGAAUGGAUGCAUAAUGAACCAAUAUACCAGUAAAGCUUAUACAAUGUGAGUUUUGCCAGUUCAGUCAAAAUUAACAUGAUUGUGUGUGAAGGAUGUACUUCACACAAAAGAAUUUAAAAAGUGUUUUUUGUUCAUGGUAUCUUUAGUAUCACCAUUGGAGAAAGAGGCAGCAAUGAAAGAUAAAGUUUAGGAGUUACUUCCUUCAUUUCUUACAUAUAUGCUUUAUACAGUCGGAAGGCAAGUUAAGCAACUAAUAAAUUUAUACUGUACACUGUGAAUAGCGAAUAAGGCAUUCUGUAUCUUUUUUUAAUUCACAAAAGCCAGAAACUGGGAGUUCCUUAUACAGUUGGCCAAUCAAAUCAGAAAUAAAAUCAGACUUUUUUUUUUGGUAAUUGGCAUAUUUAUCAGGAGAUUCUCCUGAACUGUGGUUUGCCACUUAAAAAUAUAGGUUUCUCAGUCCAAGUUAUUCUAGAAGUCAAGCAUUGCUCAUAGUGGAGCAAGAUACAUCAUUUAAAAAAGCUUUCAUGCUGCUUGUUGUCAAAUGGAAGGGAAAUUGCUGAGGUCAAGUAGGAGUCUGAAGCCUAGCAUAACAUACACACACUCAUUAUUGUUUAAUUACUUUCUUUUUACAUCAGGUAGUGAUUAUUAUUGCAUUAAUUUAAAUGGGAGUUUUGGCUAUCAAGAUUUGUUGAUUUGAAGUGUAAUUGAAUGAAAUCUGAUUAAGGUUUUGACUUCUCUGGUCCAAUUGUGAUGCAGGUUGGCAUUCUCAUUUAUCAGCCCCUGUCUCCAUAUGGCUCAAAGUUGCACCAAUGACUGGUGAAUGACACAAAAAACCCCAAACAAAAGCAGCAUACAUUGUAUGGAUUUUCUCAACCGCUAUUGUUUAAUGGCUGUGUUUAAUGUGACCUAUCUGGAAAAUGAGGACUACGAAUAAAAAGCAAUUACUAAUA